AUGAAUAUUUGCCAAAGUCACGCUCUCAAGCUCGAAGAACAAUUACAUUCAAGAAGUACUUUUCAAGUAGUUCUGGAAUCCUUUAUCUAUGGUUCCAUUGCGGCGACUGCAUUUAUCGGAAAUCUUCUAGUGCUUUAUAUUGUGUACAAAACACCAAGACUUCGAACCGUUCCAGGCCUCUUCUUGGCAUCGCUCGCUCUUUCAGACAUUACCAUGGCCUGCCUCGGGACCCCACCCUCUGUAAUAUCACUCAUUAAAGGGCGAUGGAUUUCUGGUUUUGCUGCAUGUCAGUUACAAGGCUUUGUCGUCAUAUCCACAGUCAGUGCCUCUCUUUUGAACAUGGCCCUUAUGUCUGUAGAUCGAUAUUUCCGGGUUGUUCGCCCUAUAAAACAUCGAUUGCUCUUCACCAUGCCGCGCGCGCGGUUGAUGACUGGGGCAGUAUGGGUAAUAGCCCUAACAACCCCAAUUCCCUACCUUGGUAGUGGUAAGAGAUUCAUUUUCCAUCCAGGGAAGUUUUUCUGUUUCCACCAAGAAAAGCACUCAUUUGCUUCUAGUGUAAUCUACGUCUACGUGUUAGCCUCGUUGGCUGUCCUCACCUUUUGCUAUGUUAACGUUUUUAGGAACUUGCAGUUGAACACAAGACGCGUUAAAAAUCUCCGUGUGGCUUUUGAAACGCAAAAUAAUAAUACAAAGAUAUCUACAGAAGAGAUUAAACUGACUCGAACUUUAUUCGUGACUGUUUUAGGAUACCUUAUUUGUUGGACCCCUAUUCUUGUUAUCGACUUUGUAGAUAUGGGCCUUGGAUGUUGGUCCCAGUCUCGAGGGAUUUAUGUCUUGUACACAAUGAUAGGCCUUACAAGUUCUUCUCUUAACCCCUUCAUAUAUGGGGCCCUCAAUAAGACGUUUAGGAGAGGAUACAAAAAGCUAUUUUGCUUCAGAGCUGUCUUCGAACAAGCCGCGGAACACAGCUGUGAAUUAUCGAACAGCAAGUAUUUGGAUCGUGGUCGAGAACGCUUGGGAGAUGAAUUAUGA